AUGAAUAAGCCAAAAAAUAAUCAUAGAAGGGCUAUGUCAAAUAAUGAUUUCUAAUAAAUUUUAAGUUCUAAAAUUUCAGGAUUAAUAGAAGAAAAUAAUACACACAAAAUAAUGCAAAAGAAUCAAAGCUUUGGUAAUGUGCUAUUCUAAAUACCUGAGUAGACAGAUAUAGCAUCAUCAACUGAAUAAUCAAUUUAAUCUGCUAAAAAGACUCAAAUUAUUGAUCAAAAUAUUAAAAACAAUCGUUCCUAAGAAUAAAAAGAAAAUCUAAAAAAUUAAGGAAGUUGUUCUAAUCUUAUUUCAUAAAUCUAAUAUAUGAUUAAAGGCAGUCAUCCCAUAAAAGAAAUAACUUAAAAAACAAUAAAUAGUGAAGGAUAGGAUAAAAAUAAACAUCUUAGCUUCACGAAUGAACUAUAAAAAAAACAUAGUUAAAUCUUAUUAUAAUCAAAUAAUAAGAAUAAUAGUUCUAGUUUAACACCAGAUAAGAAUAGAGUAGAAUUAAAUGGGAGCAAAUUAAAUAGUCAUAAACAAAAAUCUGAUUAACAUUAGAAAUCUAAAAUUGAAUUAUCAAGCUCACUAUUUAAUACUCUAAUUAGAGCAGAUAGUAAUAAGAAAUUGAAUAUUGAAUAAUAAGAAUCUUAUAGAAGAAUGGAAUUUCAAAUGAAUAAAAUGUAAAAAGAUAUUCAUACUAUAAAAAUGAGAUAAGAUUAAUUAGAUUAAUUCAAUAGAAAUAUUUAACAUUAACUUUGUGAUUUUAUAAAUGAAAGCAAAAAAUAAUAAGAUGUAAUUUAUAAAUCCAAGAUUUUAGUAUGGCUAUCAAUCUCUUUAAAAACUUGAGUAAUUAGAAUAAAUUACAAGAAGAAAUGAAGAAUCCAUAUAACUCAUAAAAUAACAACUUAUUCUUGAUCAACCUAUUCAAAUCAAUAAAGGAAAUGAAAAUAUUAUCAAUUUCGGGUAUUUAUUCUAAUAUUAAUAUUUAGAAAUCUAACCUCUUAUAAGUAGGAUAGUGAAUAAUAUAAAAAGCUUAUUAACUUAAAAAGUAAUAAUAAAUUAUGA